AUGCCUGCCUGGUGGAUCUCUCUGCUGAGUGUGGAACUAUUACUUUUAGCAAAUGCUUACUCAAGUUUCCGGAUUGAACCGACAGAAGGUAGCCUUGCGGGGGGAACAUGGAUCACCCUUGUUUUUGACGGUUUGGAAACAAGUAUUCUUUACCCCAACAAUGGCUCUCAGUUGGAGAUAGACCUGGUGAAUGUGGCAACACCCGCCUUGAAGAUCCCUUGUGACAUCUCUCCCCUCUUCGUGGAUUUGCCCGUGGUGACGUGCCAGACGAGGUCUCUUCCAUCAGAAGCACAUGCAGGUCUGUAUUCUCUGGAGAUACGCUCUGGGGAGCAACUGCUAGGCAGCCCGUGCACCAGAUCACUGGACAACUGUACUUUCAAGUUUUCCAAGGAGCAGACACCUGUUUUAUAUCAAGUUAACCCAUCAAGUGGAGUUCCAGGAGAAGUAGUGCAUGUGUAUGGCUGGGUCAUCACUGAUCGGAUGGAAACCUUUGAUCCUGAUGUGGACUACAUGGAGAGCCCAUUAAUCCUGGAAGCUGAAGGAGACAAAUGGCUUACUCCUUGUUCUCUUGUAAACAGGAAGACAGGAAUCUGUUUUCCCAUCCAGGAGGAACAUGGCCUUGGGACUGUGCAGUGUCGCGUGGAAGGCAAUUAUAUUGGUUCCCAAAAUAUUAGUUUCUCAGUAUUUAACAAAGGAAGGUCGAUGGUGCAUAAGGAAGCCUGGCUGAUCAGUGCUAAACAGGAACUGUUCCUGUACCAGACAUACCCAGAAAUCCACUCUGUGUUUCCAAAAGUUGGGAGCCUUGGGGGAAGAACAGACAUCACUAUUAUUGGAGAUUUCUUUGACCCUUCUGCCCGGGUUACCAUUGCAGGCAUUCCAUGUGAUAUUAGACAUGUGUCUCCCAGGAAGAUUGAGUGCACCACCAGGGCUCCAGGAAAUGGAGCAAGGCUCACUGCUCCCCAGGCAGGUAAUCGAGGACUCCUUUUUGAAGUUGGAGAUGCUGUUAAGGAUGAGGAGCUGACUGAAGCCACCCCAGGGUACAGGUGGCAGAUAGUUCCUAAUGCUAGUUCUCCAUCUGGCUUUUGGUCCAAGGAAGGGAGACCUUUCAGAGCACGGCUCAGCGGGUUCUUCAUGGCUCCAGAGACCAACAAUUACACAUUCUGGAUCCAGGCAGACAGCCAAGCUUUCUUGCGUUUCAGUUCUUCAGAGGAGCCAAGGAUGAAGGUAGAAGUGGCUUCCAUUGCAGUUGGCACUGCUGACUGGUUUGACUCUUGGGAGCAGAACGGGAAUGAAGGGAGCUGGCACCAGAAGACAAAUAAGCUGGAGCUGCAGGGCGGAGCCCAGUACUACUGGGAAGCAGAGCAGCAUGGGAUAGCUCCCAGCAGGGGGAUGAGAAUUGCUGUCCAGAUCCACAACACCUGGCUGAAUCCAGAUGUGGUCAACACUUACCUUCUGGAGAAACACCAGAUCCGAGCCCAAGCCCAGAGACUUCCAGAAAUACAGGUGUUGAACAUGUCAGGUAAAGGAAACUUUUUCCUUACUUGGGGCAAUGUCUCCAGUCAACCAGUUCCUGCAAAUGCCACAGCCCAACAGAUCCAAACCAUCAUCGAGGAGUUGCUGGUGGUGAAAUGCAAUCUGGUACCCCUUUCAGCUCGAGUUCUCCUCUGGCUUGGAUUUGAGCAAGGCUUAGAUGGAGCCAGGUCUGAUGGGGUCCUCACCAGUUCAACCGAACCCUUCUGUGGCAGAUUCAGCCUUGGUCAACUUCGACAUCUUAUCCUAAGCCCUGGGGCUGCCAGUAAGGGCUAUCAGCUGGAUCGAUACCCGUAUUUGUGCCUUGCAUACAGAGGUCACAUGAACAGGACCCUGGACAUGACUGUUUCUUUCCUAUUUGGCUUCCAAAAUGUCAUGAAGAAUAUCACCUGUGACUGGAGUCUGAUGGAACCCCAUCCUGAGAGCUGGCACUUUACUUGCAUUAACCUCUGGGACACAUGUGUACGUCAUUCUGAGGAGGUCCAGUCUUCUCUGGCAAACACCCCAUUGCUGGUUCAUCGGAUCGACAUCGUCCCUGUGGUUCCAGAGGCAGGCUUGCUCUAUGUGGAUGAAAUUAUUCUUGCAGAUACCAACGUAACAGUUUCUCAAGCCGAUUCUGGAGUAGCCGGCCCAGGUGGGAAUGUGGUGGAGUCAGUGUCUGUGGUGGGAGUCCCUCCAGUCUACAGCAUAGCCUCUUGGUUGGCAGGAUGUGGCUCAGAACUCCCUCUCAUCACUGCAUGCUAUGUGCCCACCCAGGGGACAGGCGAAGGAUCGGAACUGAUUGAGGUGACAGCGAAAAGACUCCAGAGGACAAGCCCACCUUUGGGAGGACACUUCUCCCUCCACCUCUCUGAUACAGUGAUACCUGAUGUUCCGGUGCAUGUGUCUGCCAGACAGCUUCAUAAGCUACUGCAGGACAAUGCUGAUGAGUCCACAUCUGGAUAUCUCAAUGCCGAUGACUUCACUGUGACAGAGGAUCUAAAUUCCUGCUAUGAACAUGUGUGGACUCUUUCCUGGACCACUCAGAUUGGGGAUUUGCCCAAUUUCAUCAGGGUCUCCGAUCAAAAUCUUACGGGGUUGAAUCCCACCGUAACUGCUCGUGUAGUAUACGAUGGCGGGGUUUUCCUUGGGCCCAUUCUCGGAGACACGUUGGCUACUGCCAACCAGCAGACUCAGGUGACUGUACAAGUGAAUGGCAUACCAGCCCAUUGUUCAGGCUCCUGCUCUUUCCAAUACCAGCGGGCGUCAACUCCCAGCGUGGACUGUGUGUGGUAUUCCCUUGGUAGUGAUGUCAACCUGCUGGUUCAUUUUACUGGAACUGGUUUCCCUAGAGAUGCCCAGUUCUUACAGGUCACGGUGAACAACACGAGUUGUGAAGUUAUUUUCUCAAAUGAAACCAACGUUGCCUGUGAGCUUGCCCUACUACCAGUUGGAGUGCACCGGGUUUUUAUGCUGGUGAGACCUUCGGGCCUUGCUCUUAAUGCCAGUGGAGAAGGCCUCUUCCUACAUGUGGAACCCAGGCUGGAUGCUGUGGAGCCUUCUACAGGCGCAGAGAUUGGAGGAUGGUGGGUUACCCUCCGAGGCUCUAGUCUAGAAGGCGUUAGCCUGGUGUUAUUUGGAACUCGGUCGUGUGUCAUCGAUGUCAUUAGAAGCAAUUCGCAACAGAUUCAAUGCAAAGUCCCACCUAGGGGGAAAGAUGGAUACACUGUGAAUGUGACUGUGAUCAAUGGGGACCACUCCACAGUUCUUGCCAGAGCAUUUACUUAUGUCUCCUCUUUAAAUCCAGUGAUUGUGUCUUUGAGCAGAAAUAGAAGCAACAUAGCAGGAGGUGAGAUGCUGUUCCUUGGGAUGACACUGAUGGUGAACUAUACAGAUCUGAAUGUGCAAAUCUACAUUCAGAACACUUCUGCUCAGGUCCUUGCAAAGACGGCAUGGGGACUGGAGGUGCUGUUGCCUCCGUUGCUGCCUGGCAUCCAUGUGAUUUCAGCAUUCAUCAAUGGAAUCAGCAUUCGUUCACAAGGGGUUGAUCUCCACAUCCAGUACCUCACUGAAGUUUUCAGCAUGGAACCUUGCUCUGGGUCUCUCUUGGGUGGAACUAUCCUCAGAUUCUCAGGAGCAGGACUGGGCAGAGACCCAGCUCUGAUUCGGGUGCUUGUGGACAACCGUCCUUGUGAUACUGUGAAGUUAACAGAAGUGAACAUUUGGUGUGAGACUCCCCGAGUCGUACUACCACCCAGAGCAGAUGUUCUCACUGUCCCAGUAUCUGUGGAGAUCUGGGCUGGCAACACUUCCUUGGUGGGGAAGGUCUUUAUCUUCACAUAUGAAGCAGCGGCAACUCCAGUGGUCACUGCUAUGUGGGGUGAACUCAUGGACAACAGUGUAAGGUUUUACGUGGAAGGAAAUAACCUCUCUGACUCAGUCAUUCUUUUGGGAUCCUUGAAAUGUGACCUUCAAGUGCAAUUGUUUGGCGAUAACAUGAACCUGUCUGGGUGCUCCCUUCUUCUCCACAGUUUGGAAGCCGGGGUCUAUGCUCUCCAAGUUCGUCACAAGAGGAUGGGGUUUGCCAAUAUGUCUGCGGUGCCUCAGAAGUUUGAGCUGUCACCCCAGAUUAUCGACAUCUUCCCAACACAUGGUUCUAUAUGUGGUGGGACAGUGCUUACUGUGAAGGGCACGGCUUUCAGGUCCAAAAGGAGGUCUGUUCAUGUUGACCUUUCAGGUCCUUUUACGUGCGUGAUUUUGAGUUUGGGAGAUCACACAGUCCUAUGCCAGACCAAGUUUGUGGGUGAUCAGUUUUCUGAAACAUCACUGGCUCUAAACAUCACAGUUCUGGUCAACGGGCUGACCAGCAAGUGUGAGGGGAACUGUACUCUCUUCAUGGAGGAAGCAACAACUCCUAUUGUGAAUGCGUUGACUAUAAGCAUCAGUGGCUCUCUAACCACAGUGCUGAUGAGUGGCCAGAGGUUAGGCUCUGCUGGUGAGCCAACAGCCUUUGUGGAUGGUCAACUUCCUUGCCACACAACUUUCUUUAAUACCAGCUACGUGGCAUGCCAGAUGAGAGAUUUGGCCCCGGGGUUCCACUAUCUGUCAGCUGUUCGUACAAGUGCUGGAUAUGCUUGCCUCAAUAGUGUUUCUAGAAACUUCUUCGUUGUGCCUCAGGUGUUUGAUUAUUUUCCUAAGGAUUUUAGCAUCCAUGGUGGAAGUCUCUUGACUAUAAAAGGCACAACCCUUCGAGGAUGGAAAACUACAUUUGUCUAUGUUGGCCAGCAGGCUUGUCUAACAGUGAACAUCAGUUCUGAGUUCAUCCAGUGCAUUGUUCCCGCAGGAAAUGGCUCUGCUGCUCUGGAAAUAGAUGUAGAUGGAGUUUUAUAUCACAUGGGCUUUGUUGACUACAGCAGCAUCUUUACCCCAGAAUUGCUUUCCGUUUCACAGAGUCAUGACAUCUUGACCUUUACAGUGGCCCGCAUCUCAGGGGCUGCAAAUGUUGACAUUCUUAUCGGGACGUCACCGUGUCUAGAUGUUGCCGGUAACCAUACGAUUCUCCGGUGCAUGGUCCCUCUGCUUCCUGCUGGGGAGUAUGCUGUCACAGGUUAUGACCACAGCAGAGGAUGGGCCUCAUCCUCUCUCAUUCUCAUGCUGAGAGCCACUGUGACCUCAGUGACUGAGAACUAUGGCUGCCUGGGUGGAAGGCUUUUGCAUGUGCUCGGAGCAGGAUUUUCUCCAGGGAACAUCUCAGCUGCUGUAUGUGGUGCUCCGUGCCAAGUCUUGGCUAAUGCGACAGUGUCUGCCUUCAGCUGCUUGGUUCUGCCCCUCGAUGCGUCCUUGGCUUUCCUCUGUGACCUGAGGCAUGCAGAAGACAGCUGUGGAGUUAGCAGGCCCACCUACUUGCAAUGUGACUUGACUGUCUCCGUGGGGACGGAGAGACUGCCCGGAUCCUGGCCUUACGUCUACCUUUGUGAAGAGAGUUCCCAGGGCCUCUUCGUACCAGAUCACCAGAUCUUCCUGUCCUUCUCAGGCCUCUUCCUCAGCCCUAAAGUGGAAAGAGAUGAAGUUCUCAUCUAUAAUAGCUCCUGUAACAUUACCAUGGAAACUGAGGCAGAGAUGGAGUGCGAGACGCCUAAUCAGCCAAUUACCGCCAAGAUUACUGAAAUACAGAAAAGCCGGGGCCAGAACACUCAGGGCAACUUUUCCUUCCAAUUCUGCCGAAGGUGGUCCAGGCCUCACAGUUGGUUUCCUCAUAGAGUGCCACAAGAUGGCGACAAUGUCACAGUGGAGACCAGUCACCUGCUACUGCUAGAUGUGAAUACAAGUCUCCUGAACUCCCUGCACAUUAAAGGUGGCAAGCUGAUUUUCAUGGAGCCAGGACCCAUUGAUCUCAGAGCCCAUUCCAUCCUAAUUACAGAUGGUGGAGAGCUCCAUAUUGGAUCUGAGGACAAGCCUUUCCAAGGCAAAGCUCGGAUCAAACUCUAUGGAAGUGUCCACUCCACUUCCUUCUUUCCCUAUGGAGUCAAGUUCCUGGCUGUGAGGAAUGGAACUCUUUCUCUGCAUGGUUCUGUUCCAGAAGUUACUUUUACCUAUCUUCGAGCAGCUGCACGUGCAGGAGACACCGUGUUGGCUCUGGAGGAGGCCGUGGCUUGGCACCCUGGGGAUGAGGCUGUCAUUAGCAGUGGAGUGACUGUAGAAGGUGCUGAAGCAACAGAAGAGGUGGUUGUUGUAGAAACUGUCCACGAUGCGGACCUCCAUCUCAGGAACCCCCUGAGAUACUCCUACAACUUCACAGAAAACUGGGUAACUGGAGCGAAUCAUAUUUUGAAGGCUACAGUGGCUCUCCUCAGCAGGAACAUUAUCAUCCAAGGAAAUCUCACUCUCGAGAGGGUAAAGCUUCUUGAUUCAUGCCAGGAGGCCGGUGCUGCUGAAGGUAACCUGAAGCAUUGUUUAUAUUCUAAGAGUGAGAAGAUGCUGGGAGCCAGGAAUCUGGGGGCCAGAGUUAUCAUUCAGUCCUUCCCAGAGGAACCCAGCUUGGUCAAGCUGAAGGGAGUGCAGUUCCGAGACCUGGGACAAGCCUUCCAUAAGCAUCGAAGCUCACUCACCCUGGUGGGAGCUAUGAGAGGUUCUUAUCUCCACAGCUGUUCAGUGUGGGGCUCCUUCAGCAGAGGCCUCAGCAUACACAGGACCUGGGGCCUGAAAGUGGAAAGUAAUAUAUUCUAUAAGAUUCUAGGUCAUGCCCUACUGGUGGGGUCCUACAUGGACAGAAGGUUUAGCACUAGUGAGGCUGUUAUUCAAAGAAAAACUGGUUGGUGGGAAGAGGGAAGUAUGAUAAGAAACAAUGUGAUCAUCAGUGUUUCUGGGGCCGAGGGACUGUCCAGUUCUGAAAUGUUGGCACCAGCUGGCGUCUACACUUUCAGUCCCACCAGUGUGAUUGAGGGCAACAGAGUGUGUACAGCUGGUUAUGGCUAUGUUCUCCACCUUGUGACCAGCCAAACAAUGCAAGCUCCACUAUUCUCAUUCAACUGGAAUACUGCUCAUUCUUGUACAAGAUAUGGUCUCCUUGUAUAUCCUGAAUUUCAACCGCCUUGGAAUAAUGACACUGGCUUCACUCUGUUUCAAAACUUCAUGGUUUGGGGAAGUGCUGGUGGUGCCCAGAUUUUUAGAAGUAACAAUCUGCACCUGAGAAACUUCCAAGUUUAUGCAUGCAGAGACUUUGGGAUUGACAUUUUGGAAAGUGACACGAACACUUUGGUUACUGACAGCUUCUUACUAGGUCACUUCACCCACGAGGGAAGUCUAUGUAUGUCAGCUGGGAUCAAAACUCCCAAAAGAUGGGGACUGACGAUUUCUAACACAACUUUCGUUAAUUUUGAUCUCAACUGUGUGGCCAUCAGAACCUGUUCUGGCUGUUCCCAAGGACAGGGUGGAUUUCCUGUCAAGACCAGGCAAUUGAAGUUUGUCAACUCUUCAAAUUUAGUAGCAUUUCCUUUUCCUCAUGCAGCAGUUUUGCAAGACUUAGACGGGUCCCUGUCUGGGAAAAAUGGAUCUCAUGUUCUUGCUUCUAUGGAAACCCUCUCAGACACAUGUUUGACCAAUGCAAGCUUCAGCCAGAUUGUCUCUGGCAGCGUCUGUGGGGAAGCUGUUCUCUUCCAUCGUAUGUCUAUUGGUUUAGCUAAGAACCUUGACGUUCCUAAGAAUUUAACCAUGACUGACAUCAGAAAUAAGACAAUCACUGUCAAUUAUGUGGAUGACACAUUGUCUAACUCUUAUGGCUGGAUGGCUCUACUCUUGGACCAAGAGACCUACUUGCUGCAGUUCGAGGGCCCUUGGACAGACGGGUCUUUGCAGUACUCAGCAACCUUUGACAACUUUGCCCCUGGAAAUUACCUCCUGCUAAUGCACAGGGACCUACUACCUUAUCCCGACAUUCUCCUCAGAUGUGGGAGUCGGGUGGGCCAGUCACUUCCCUCUCAUCCUUUGCCGAGUCGAGACGGAGCCUGUGAUUGGUUCUUCCACAGGCAGUUAAGGCAGCUCACCUACCUGGUUUCAGGGGAAGGUCAAGUUCACGUAUUCCUCCAGGUGAAGCCUGGUGCACCUCCAACUGUUUCAGCUUCUACAUCUGUAUCUGAAUCAGCUUUAAAAUGGUCCCUUCCUGAAACAUGGCAAGAUGUUGAAAAAGGCUGGGGAGGAUACAACCACACCAUCCCGGGACCCGGUGAUGACGUUUUGAUUUUACCCAACAAGACGGUUCUUGUGGAUACUGAUCUCCCCGUGCUUAGAUGCCUCUAUGUGAUGGGUACCUUAGAAUUCCCUGUGGACAGAAGCAACGUUCUGAGUGUGGCGUGCUUACUCAUUGCAGGAGGGGAGCUUAAAGUAGGUACUAUGGAAAACCCCUUAGGAAAAGACCAAAGACUUCUGAUACUCCUUAGAGCCUCAGAAGAAGUCUUCUGUGACCGUUUUGACGGAAUACGUGUUGACCCUGGAACAAUUGGAGUUUAUGGGAAACUUCGCCUUCACAGCGCAUAUCCUAAGAAAUCCUGGGUACACCUUGGAGCUGACAUUGCCCUGGGAAAUGAGAGGAUUAUAGUACAUGAUGCAGUCGAUUGGCAGCCCCGUGACAAAAUCGUCCUCAGCUCUUCUUCUUAUGAGCCUCAUGAGGCAGAGGUCCUCACUGUGAAGGAAGUCAAGGACCAUCACAUCAGGAUCUAUGAACGUCUAAAACACAGGCACAUUGGAAGUGCCCACACCCUGGAGGAUAGUCGACAGAUUUGUUUGGCUGCUGAGGUUGGAUUGUUGACCAGAAACAUUAGAAUUCAGUCUGACUCAUCCUGUAGAGGGAGACUCCUUGUGGGGUCCUUCAGGAAAUCUAGCGGAGAAGAGUUUUCUGGUAUUCUUCAACUUCUAAAUGUAGAAAUUCAAAACAUGGGGUCACCACUGUAUGCAUCUAUUGAAUUCACUGGUGUGUCAACUGGAUCCUGGGUUAUAUCUUCUACUGUACAUCAAAGCUGCACUGUGGGCAUCCAUGCAUCUUCUAGUCGUGGGAUGGUCUUAAAUGACAACAUAGUGUUUGGCACAAAAGGCCAUGGAAUCGAUGUGGAGGGUCAGAACUAUUCUCUCACCAAUAACCUUGUCAUUCUGUCAAUGCAGUCAGCAAACUCCCUUCCUUGGGUGGCAGGAAUCAAAGUGAACUAUGCCGAAGAUAUCAUUCUCCACGGCAAUGUGGUGGCAGGAUCUGAGAGACUUGGCUUUCAUGUCCGUGGCCAUGGGUGCUCCUCUGAAGUGCUUUGGUCUGACAAUGUGGUUCACUCAAGCCUCCAUGGCAUUCACCUCUACAAGAAACAUGAACCUAAUAACUGUACUGGUGUCUCUGGAUUUCUGGCUUUUAAGAACUUUGACUAUGGUGCCAUGGUUCAGACAGAGAAUAGUGUGGACAUACAGAAUAUCACUCUGGUAGAUAAUACUGUUGGUCUUUUGGCCAUCUCGUAUGUAUCUUCUGCUCCACUGAGAUCUGGCAGCACUGUACAGAUUACUCUUAGGAAUUCAGUCAUCGUAGCCACUAGCUCCUCUUUUGACUGCAUCCAAGACAGAAAGGCUCCUCAGUCGGCCAACUGGACCUCCACAGAUAGAGCGCCUUCCAAUCCCAGAGGAGGCCGGAUCGGUAUUCUGUGGCCUGUAUCUGCCUCAGAACCAAAUGGAUGGCCCCAGGAGCCAUGGCACAAAGUAAGGGGCGGUCAUUCAGUUCCAGGAAUUAUGAAGCUUCAAGAUGUCACCUUUUCUAGUUUUGUGAAGAGUUGCUAUAGCGACGACCUGGAUGUCUGCAUCCUGACUAAUGAGCACAGCACUGGAAUCAUGUACCCAAUAACAGCAGAGAGGACCAGAAUGCCGAAGAUAAAGGACAAAAACAAGUUCUACUUUCCUCCAUUACAAUCCGGGAAAGACUUAGUGGGAACCAUCUGCCCUGCAUCAUCGGACUGUGAAAUUCCAAGAAAAUACCUCUUCACAGAUCUGGAUGGGAGAACCCUGGGUCUGUCCCCACCAGUUUCUGUGUUUCCAAGGACAGAGGAAGGAUGGACUGGAUCCUUCUUCAACACAGGUAUAUUCAGAGAAGAACAGAAAUGCACAUUUCGAGCCAUGAUCCAGGGCUUCUUCUGUAAGCAGACUGAGCAUGCAGUCCUAAUUCUUGAUAAUGUUGAUGAAACUUGGACAAUCCCCAAAUUCUACCCACUUGUGUCCAUUACUAAUGGCUUUGUGGACACGUUCAGUAUUGUGAAGGACAGUGGUCUAUGCUUUCCCACAACCUCCCCGUCUACUUUUUAUUCCAUCUUACCAACCAGACAAAUGACCAAAGUAUGCUUUCCAGAGCGAACACCCCCAUUCCUGCACUUUUUCCUACUGGCAAACAGAAGAGCUUCCAAGCUCAUCUUGGCUGUGUUCUACAAUGAGAUUCAGAGCCCCUACGUUUUCUUAGACAAGAGCUUUAUUCCACCUACACCAGUAGAAUCAGCAUUUUCACUGUUGGAUGAGGCUGUUGGUGCCAACUAUUUCGACAUCAUGAAUAACCUCUUGUAUGUUGUCCUGCAAGGAGAGGAGGCUGUUGAAAUACGUUCAAGUGUUUCCAUUCAUUUGGCUUUGACAGUGACAUUUUCAGUCCUAGAAAAGGGCUGGGAGAAAGCAAUGCUUGAAAGUCUAAGAGGCUUCUUCCAGAUCGACCGAAACCAAAUCAGACUCACUCUUGAGAUGCCUGGCAACAAAGAGACCUUAAAGGCCAUUGCAAACAGUGAAGGAAAACGAAAGCGCAAUUGCCCAACUGUGACUUGUGCUGUCCCUUCUAGCAGAUAUGUUCAACGCAGACCUCUCAUGGCAGAAAUGGCAUCAUUUAGGAUCACACCAGCAACCACUCUGGAAACUUUCUCAAAGGUGAUUGUCUUUGAAAUCGGUGAUCUGCCAAAUGCAAGGGACAGUGAACUCAUUCAGUCCUUAUCAAGUAACAGAUUACAGAAAUUGGCUCACCAGGUUAUCACUGCUCAACAGACUGGAGUUCUGGAAAAUGUCCUUGGUAUGACUGUUGGGGCCCUACUAGUGGCUCAGUCAGAGGGAGUCACAGGAUAUAGAAAUGCAAGUAGUUUAAUAACUGGAAACCAGAUAUAUACCCGGCCCUCUGUGCUUUCCAUCCUGGUGCAGCCUUCGGAUGGGGAAGUGGGAAUAGAAUUACCGAUUCAGCCACGGCUCAUCUUCCUGGAUGAGAAGAAUGAGAGAGUGGAAGCUUUGGGUCUCCCCUCAGAACCUUGGAUUAUUUCAGUUUCCCUGGAAGGGUCAUCUGAAUCAAUGCUAAAAGGAUGUACCCAGGCAGAAACACAGGAUGGCUAUGUAACCUUCUCCAGAUUGGCUGUCUUGACCUCUGGGUCAAACUGGCACUUAGUUUUUACCGUCACUUUCCCUCCAGGUACUAAUUUAACAGCUCGAUCCAAGACCUUUGCUGUCCUGCCUGUGGCCGGCAAGGAGAGAUCAACUAUCAUCCUGGCCUUGUCCCUGUGCUCAGUGGCAUCUUGGGUGGCUCUGAGUUGUCUCAUUUGCUGCUGGUUUAAAAAAAGCAAAACCAGAAAAAUAAAACCAGAAGACAUAUCUGAAUCCCAGGCUAAGGAACAAAAGAAGAAUACCCAUAUCUCUUCCAAACCCAGAGAACUACAAGUAAAGACAGCAAAAGAAGACGCUUUGAUGGGAGAAGACAUGAGAAUGAAGGUCAUGCAGGGAAGGCAGAACCAGUUUUCCCAACACUCAAUGGAUGGAGUGUCCAAAAGAAAAGUUAGCCGCCGUGCUGUCCCAGAGGAAAGAACAGCUACACCUGCCCUGAAGAUUCCCAGAAUCACCUGUGUCCCAGGAGCUCUUCCUCAGCAGUUGACUCUGCCGGAGCCUGGGAACUGGCAGGAGGCCCAACAGCAGCUGCUUAGAUACCAGCUGGCAGGCCGCGAUCAGCUGCUUCUGUUAUGCCCAGACCUCAGGCAAGAGAGGCAGCAGGGUCAGGAGCCUAGCCAGCUGAACAAAGGGAGUGGCGGCUGCAUGGGGCUGUCUCAAGAGAAGGCCACUUGCGUUCCCACUGAGACCUUCUGCCUGCGCACUGCUCCACCAGAAACUAUCCAGUAA